GAGUUAGUACACUUUUGAAAUCCAUAGGGAUGCAUUCGCACUUUUCGCACAAAAAUCUAAGAUUUUUCUAAUGAAAGACAUUUUAUAAGAGAAAAAAUAAAUAAAAAGUUUUAAUAUCGUAUUUGCUGGCGCAAAACUCAUAGCAAAUAUUAUUAAAAAGGCAAUUCUUAUUUGCCGACACACAGUACCACAGCGCCUUCGCGUGCGCCGCCACAAUCAACCGCCUCCAACGUCUUGCACAUAGAGCGACCAAUUGUUCCGUUAAGCAUUAUGGAAUACAAAUUGAUAACUGAGGACCGUUUCGACGAUGUCGUUCGACAUUUAUGUGACAAUUUCUUCGCCGAUGAGCCGCUGAAUAAGGCGGCGGGUCUAUGUCGACGCGGGGAGGGUCAUCGAGAAUUGGAGCAACUUUGCUAUGAGACACUUAAGGAUAAUUUGAGUUUAAUGGCUGUGAACGAGAAUAACGAUAUCGCUGGUGUCCUGCUUAACGGUGUUGUCUAUCCGCAAGAUAUCGUGCAGGCCCACGAGCGUAUCGAGCUCAGUGAUGAUGAGCGCUAUAAGAAAAUAUUUCGUUUAUUAAAUGAACAUAAUCUGCGUGCCAAUGUAUUUGGCAAUUUCAGUGUGGAACGCGCCUUUGAGGUGCGUAUGCUUUCGGUGGAUGGACGCUUUCGUGGACAGGGUAUUGCCAAAGAGCUGGUGCGGCGCAGCGAAACAAUUGCAAGAGAUUUUGAUUUUAAGCUCAUGAAAGCCGAUGCAACAGGAAUUUUCUCACAAAAAAUUCUGAAGUCAAACGGUUUCAAAGUAUUGAGCGAAUUCUACUAUGAGAAGUAUACAGAUGAAUUUGGUAAGCCAAUAUUGCUGGUGGAGGCACCGCACAUUAAAUUGCAGCUGCUAUACAAACUGUUGGAAUAAGUUGGAUACACAUAUGUACAGGAGACGUUUUUAGUGAUUUUUCACGCCACGACAAAAAAUAAACUAAAUCGACGGUAUUGUAAAGAAGUAAAACACAAAAAUGUGUUGCCAAAAGAAUAUAUAGCCGUAAUGUAUAGUUAUAAAAUAUGUACCAAAAGUUAUAGUAAAAACACUACAACAAUCGCAGUUAUUUAUGCUAAUAGACCGCAUUAAAAUAAGUUUAAAUUAAUAGCACAGACAAUUAUUUAUAAGAAAUGCAUUUUUAUUGCCAUAAUCGCAUAUUUAUUAGUAUAUAAAUUAUUUAUUAACCAACUUUAGCGCAAAAGCCAAGCAUUUAGGCUAUAAUUAAAUAUAGUUUCAAAAAAAUACAAACAGAUAUACAUACAUACAUACAUUUUAUAUAUAUAUUUAAUAAAAUAAUAUACGAAAAAAAUUAUUUUCUACAGUUUUUAUAAAAUAAAUACAUACGCACUGGUUAAAUGUUGCAAUAAAUACUUUAUAAUCGCGAUAAUAAGAGAAUUUUGUAAGCGCGAAGUUUCUACUUUUCUAGCUGGAAGUACGGAUGUACUAAUUUAAAGUUUAAAAUUAUACUUAUAAAUGUUAAAGAAAUACAAAUAUAUGUUGACAUAUAUAUAUAUAUGUAUAUAUGUAAGUGCAUGAGAUUUCGUACAAAUGCGUAGGUACAAUUGUGUGCAGCGUGCAGACUGCAAAUAUUAUAUAAAUAAUAACUGUUACAAUAAAUAGUGUAUUAUGAAUAUAACAAAUAUUAAAUACAGCUUAAAAGUACUUCAAAUAAUUGGUAACAGAGAAAUUUUGAAUUUUGAAAAAUUCGUUGCUAUGCAGAACAACAUACAUUGUAUUAAAAAAUAAAUAAAAAAUUAUCCAAUUU